UUGUUUCCAGUUUUAGCUUAUUAGCUGAAACAGAUCUAAAAACGGACAUUUCGUACCAUGAAAGGGCCGACUCAUCCAGCGAUUAGGAUAGCAGUAACUAUCAUUGCGUUUAUAGUGUUCAUUCUCACUCUUAUUUUAUCUUUCCUUGGAAACGUUCCUAUUGGAGUCGGGGAUGAAAACUCGACGGAGAACAUACUAGGAGGGGUUUUUAUCAACACCAUACCGGACCUGAGUGCGAGAUACCCAAGCAAUCUCAAUGCAGCAUCAUGGACAUUCAACAUCAUAUGGCCUGUCAUUUUCCUUUACAAUUUCGUCAGCGUUAUCUACAUGCUGGUCUCUCUGUGCCUUCCUAAGGAUAAAAGCCCAAUUAUGAGAGAGCCUGCAUUGAUGCCAGUGGGUUCCAUCAUAUUCUGGACACUGGGUUGGGCGUUAGCUCUGUCGUGGAUAUUUGCUAACGAUCGUGAAAUCUUAGGGUUGGCAAUGUUCUUCAUUCUUACUGGGUGUUGGAGUACGUACGUGGCCCUGGGUCUCUCUUACAGAAGUUAUUAUAAAGAUAUUCAGACACUGGAAGAGAAUAGUAACCAAAUGCUUUGGUUGGUCAGAAUAAUUAUACACAACGGAUAUGGUAUUCUUGCUGCCUGGACAACUUGCGCUUGGAAGCUGAUGUUGGCAACCACCAUUACUUAUGAAGACAGCAGAGGAACGGAUAAUUACCCUGCUAAACUGAAUGGUUCACUGACUUCAGAAGAUGCCGGGACAAUCUCACUUUCUAUCCUACUGGUUGAAAUCAUAGUUUGGUUUAUUUUGGAAAACUUCGUUUUCGAGCGAUACUGCCGUUACACCCUUUCGAUCUACCCUACCCUGAUUUUUGCGUUUUCUGGCGUCGUUACGGGAAUGUAUGUCACACCAUUCUCACGUAAUUUAAUUCUAGCUCUUGUGGGCUUGAUUUUGGUCAUUUUAGCGUUUUUCGCAAGAGUUGGGCUGGUGAUAUACAGACAUAGAAAUAGACCAAAAUUUGCUUGAAUAAUUUUGUAGAGCUUAAUAAAUGAGUUACCUAGUUUAGCAUUUUUAGGAUAUUUCUAUCAGAUAUUAUAAGCGUCAUGUUUAAUGAUAACCACCACCAGGUAAUUAUAUACUGUCAAUUUUGGCCCCCUGAGAAUCAUUCCAUCUGACGCGUUUGAGAAAUCCUGAUCUUAUCCGACAGACUUUAAUCAUUUGCCAGUUGUGUUAUGCUUUCUUAUAUAUUGCAUUCAUUUUAUAUUACUUUACAUGACACAGUACAUCUUCUGAUCCUUCUUUUUCAAUGCAAUCAUAUUUUAAACAGUGGGAUUUUUAUAUGAAUUUUCCAUGAUUUUUUUUUGCAAUGAAUACCUUUCCCUCAAUCGUGCCAUUUUUUAUUUUAAUAAAUCUUUAACCUAAAUUUUUCUCUAUUUUCUCUAACUUUUACCUAAAGUGCCUGUGUUAAAAAUAGUGAUGAAUUGUGUAUAUUUCUUUCGGGGCGAAAUAUUGGUACUCCCAUAGUGUGUGUACCAAGUUAGGGUUGAGCCAUAAUUUUAUUCCGAUUUUCCCUAUUUUAGUUCUAUUACAAGUUCGGAGACUGUCUGUGUUAGCCAAGUGAAUAUCCUCCAUGCCCAUAGGUUUCAGUCCCUUUACACAACUUGAUGUAAAGUAGGCAAACAAAAUUAGUUACCUCUAUAUUGGUACACACACUUCUGGAGCGCCUAUAUGUUUCCUCUAUCUGGCAAUAUUUUCUAAAGUUUACCCGAAUUUUUUUGGUGUUAGUUGAUACUUUGAAACCAACAUUAUCAAUUUUACUCAAAAUUUUUUUGUAUACCUGCUUGUUAUCUUUAUAAUUCUUGUAACCGAAAUUGAUAAAAGGUUUUCCUGAUAAGCGACUUUCUGAAGUACGUUUUUCCAUUAUAUUGUCGAUUUGUUUCGUGGUAUAUGUUGCUAUUUCAACUUGAUUUUUAACCAAAUUUUAUUCUAAAAUUGUUUCCCAAUUUUUCAUUUUAUUUUAGAAUUUAACAGAUACAGAUAACUUAGAUUUUGCCUACUAUUUUUUCUAUCCACCCUUUUUUAUUC